CUGACUUGGCUUCCGCUGGAUCCUGGAGGUGUCUUAGGUGGUUUAGGUUUUGUACAGUUCGCGGUCUUCUCUCCAGAGACUCGCUGGGCCUCGCCUCCGAUUUCCCGAUGUACCACAACAGUAGCCAGAAGAGGCACUGGACUUUCGCCAGCGAGGAGCAGCUGGCGCGGUUGCGGGCCGACGCCAACCGCAAAUUCAAAUGCAAAGCGGUGGCGAACGGGAAGGUUCUUCCAAAUGACCCAGUCUUUCUUGAGCCUCAUGAAGAAGUAACGCUCUGCAAAUAUUACGAGAAAAGAUUAUUGGAAUUCUGUUCCGUGUUUAAGCCAGCAAUGCCAAGAUCUGUUGUGGGUACAGCUUGUAUGUAUUUCAAGCGCUUUUAUCUUAAUAAUUCAGUAAUGGAAUAUCACCCCCGGAUAAUAAUGCUCACUUGUGCAUUUUUGGCUUGCAAAGUAGAUGAAUUCAAUGUAUCUAGUCCACAGUUUGUUGGAAAUCUGCGGGAGAGCCCUCUUGGACAAGAGAAAACACUCGAACAGAUUCUGGAAUAUGAACUGCUUCUUAUACAGCAACUUAAUUUCCACCUUAUUGUCCACAAUCCUUACAGACCCUUUGAGGGCUUUCUCAUUGAUUUAAAGACUCGCUAUCCCCUGUUGGAGAAUCCAGAGAUUUUGAGGAAAACAGCUGAUGACUUUCUUAAUAGAGUUGCAUUGACGGAUGCUCACCUUUUAUACACACCUUCCCAGAUUGCUCUGACUGCCAUUUUAUCUAGUGCAUCCAGAGCAGGAAUUACUAUGGAAAGUUAUUUAUCAGAAAGUCUGAUGCUCAAGGAGAACAGAACUUCCUUGUCACAAUUACUAGAUAUAAUGAAAAGCAUGAGGAACUUGGUAAAAAAAUAUGAACCACCCAGACCUGAAGAAGUUGCUGCUCUGAAACAGAAGCUGGAGAGGUGUCACUCUGCUGAGCUUGCACUUAAUGUAGUUACGAAGAAGAGAAAAGGUUACGAAGAUGAUGAUUAUGUUUCAAAGAAAUCCAAACAUGAGGAGGAAGAAUGGACUGACGAUGACCUGGUCGAUUCUCUCUAGCCAUUUGAAAUUGAUUUGUCAAUGCUAACUAAUCAUCAGACGGAUGAAGCAUGUCUGGCAUUUAACUUUAUUUGUGAAAGCAUCAAAAUAUAUUAAACUUUUCUAUUUAUGUUAUUUAAAAUUUUUUCCUUUCAGGGUAGCUUUAUGUGAAAUAAAACAUCUUCAAAGGAGCCAGAGUAACACCAGGUUUGGGUAACCUUACCCCAU